CAUGCUAGCUACGUAGAGAGCUGUUUGCAACCCAAGGAGCAGGUCAUCGAUGCACUAGGAGGCAGAGCAAAGACUCUGGCAUAUCCUGAAAUACAAGGACCAUAUUUUCUUUGUCAUGGUCAGGAUAAAAGAAGAAGGUCUGCACAGUCGUUUGAGCGUGUCGGGUGAAGAAGAUUUUGGACACUGAAUUGAUUCUGAGCUACUUCUUCCUCAGGUCAGCUUGACUAGGAACAUCAUUGCUUUGAGUUAGCUUUGGCUAUCAUUUCUUCAUCACUCAACCUCCGUGAACAAUCAACCCAGUCACGUUGUAAUGCUCGAUGUAUGGUGUCAAAUAUUAAGGGGUUAUUGUAUUUGUGGUAUGGAAUGCAAGCAAUAUUUCUGGCGUUAGAUGUCUGACAUCAAGGGCGGACUGCAGGCUUUAGGCUCGAGUGAGUUGUUUGCAAGUGAGCUAAGCAACUAGAACUAGCCUCAGGACCACAGGAAAAACUCAGCCAAGUUGGAACUGUAAAAGCUAACUGCUAUAACUAGCCUUUAAGAUAGUUAGCAAGAUGGUCAACAGUCCAAAUUGCAGGGCGCGGUAACGUUGACUGGUAAAACAUGUGGACAGUGAAAUCACCCGUAUAAAACGUUGUGUAAAAUGUGCAGAUUCAACGUGACAAAUGCCUUGCGUUCCCCCUCAACAUCGUAUGUCUACUCGCACAGCCCAUCGAGUAGUUGGGAGUCUUCCGCUGUCUGAUUGCGCCUGAGAAGAGGAGAAGUGCAUCGUGGGAGCUCCCCGUCCCGCCGAGCCGGAGGGAGGAGCCUGAUGCCCCAGAAACUAUGUGAAUCCCUCAGCUACGUCAGCCCAGCCCCUUACCACGAACCCCGCAAGACACCCUCCCAAACCCCGCUAGACUGGAGGCCAGCUAGCAUGCACCUGAAGCCAUACCCCUCCCCCCAGAAGCAGGAGCCGGCGGUGGUGGAGGGCCCCUGCACUCUCCACAUGGAGCAGCCCAGGGCCCUGAGGCGCGAGUGGGCCAGCGUCCGCCAGUCCUACCCGACCCUGGUGGCUGCGUCAUCGGGCAGCGGCACAGCCAACCGCUGUCCCCUUGGCGUGCUCUCCACCAACACCCUCCACCGCUCCUCCACCAACAACAACUCCACAGCUGGCCUGACCAGCACCUGGGCUGGACGCAAGGGCAAAGGCGCCCCGCCGGUCCCCGCCAAGGUCACCCUGACGGGCUCCCUGGUGCUCAUGGCGUCCCCCGCGGGUCUGGAGAACGAAGUGUCGCUAUACCAGAGGAUCUACCAGGGCGAGGAUGGGGACGGCCCUGUGGACAUCUUGGCCAUGAUCAAGCCGGGCAACACGCAGGAGAAGAUUGCCAUCUUCGCCGGGCGGCAGCGCGGCAGGUCGGCUGAGGCCACUGGGCCGGAAGAGGUGUCGGCGCCCGUGAUGACGGGAGAAGGGGUUCCUCCUCAGGAGGCGUCCCACUUUGUGUGCCGCGUCAGGGGCUACCGUGUGAACGCCUGCUGCUCCAUGGCUAAGCGCCGACGCUUGGGCAAGACGGAGAAGACCAAAGGCACGGAGGGCCAGUCUGUGGCAGACGCAGGGACACCCCCUCCCCUGGUGGCUCUGUGCGACCCCCAGGCCCCCUCCCCUGUUGGAGAGAGCGAGGGGGAGAUGUGGCCACGGGGAGAGGGGGAGGACGGCGGCGGACGCAUGGUGUCUGUCGUCGAGAGGGUGGCCGUCCUGGAGGCCAUGGAGAUGGCUAACGGCGGCAGCGACCAAAAUAUGGACUUUAAACCCGUUCAGCUGCGCUCCGGCUCGGGCACCCUGACACGAGCCAAGGCCCCCGUGCUCCCGUCCGAGCCCAAGGCAGAGGUGGAGGCGCCGGGAGGCCUUAGCGGUCAGGAGGAGGCGGAGAGCGUGCGGGUGCUGGACAUGGUGGCCCGGCUUGAGUCGGAGUGCCUGAAGAGCCAGAGCUGCCGCGCCGAGUCGGGGGGCGAGCUGUCGCGCAACAACAGCCUGCGACGCAACGUGGCGCGCGUCCUCCUGGCCGGCGGCUCGGAACCCUACCAGGCUCCCCCGUCGCCAUCGCACCCCGAGCCGCCCACCGAACAGCAAGCGGAUGAGCAGCCGUCUGUCGCAGUAGCUGAAGCACCGUCAGCGGAGACGUGCCAGCCGCACGAACAACACUCCGAGUUCCUCAGCAGCUCGCCUAUCCUUUCUACACCUGCUGCUAUUGUGGCGUUGGAGGUGGAUGAGAAGAGCAAAGCCCAGCUAGCGCGGGUGGAGUGCAGAAUCAAAGAUGCUGGUCAAGAGCCUGAGCAGGGUUUGGGCCCUGAGCUGCCUGGAACAGUGGAGGAGCCCAUGCCAGGCAUGCUGUUCUUCAGACAGUCUCCGCCACAGCCCUUGUCCAAACCGCUAAAAACAGCCCAGCACACAGAGACUACUGCUAAUACUACUACUACUAAUACUAUGACUCUUAGUCAUUGUAAAAUAUCUGUAACCGUGGUUGCCACAAAUUCCGCCAAGUCUCAGGGCUCUGUUGAAUGUGGGGGCUCGUCCGGGAUGUUGGGGAACGCUGAUCAAUUGCCUGCUGACGGGGAAAGGGAACAGGCCUUGCACAAACAUGAGAACAUUGAUGAAUGUGGUGCUGAUUGUGACGCAGGAGAAAAGACACAGGCUUUGCACGGCCACAAGAACAGUGAUCACCGGGAUUGUGAAAGUGUAGGAGGAGAGGAGGAGGAGGAGGGCACAGGUCUUCAGCACGGCCACAGCAACGAGCAGGUGGAGGCAGAGGAGGGAGAGGAAGAGGGUGACGACGCAGACCAACAAGAGCUGGUCUCCUUCCCCCUGCAGCGGCCCGUGUCGCAGGAGUUCCUGGCGAUGCGCUUCAAGAUCCAGCAGUUGCUAGAGCCGCAGUCCUACUUGGUGGUGUUGCCUCACCAUGUGCUGGUGCAGAUUUUCAGCCUGCUGCCCACCAAAGCCCUGGCGGCGCUCAAGUGCUCCUGCCGCGACUUCAAAGACCUCAUCGAGGCCUACGACGUGCGGCCCACCGACUCGGGCUGGGUGUCGGACCCGCGUUACCGGGAGGACCCGUGCAAGCACUGUAAGAAGCGCUACAAGAAAGGAGACGUGUCACUGUGCCGCUGGCACCACAAGCGGUACUGCCAGGCCAUGCCUUACGGGCCCGGAUACUGGAUGUGCUGCCGUGCCCCGCACAAGGACGCGCCCGGCUGCAACGUGGAUCUCCACGACAACCGCUGGGUGCCCACCUCGCACCGCAUUCAGAUCUAUAAAACCAGGGACUUGGAGGAAGCCUAAGUGUGUGUUUGUGUUUGUGUGUGUGUGGGAAUCAGACUUUUAUGGGCAAAGUGCAAAAAAAUAUAUAUUCAGUAUGAUUUUUAUUUGUGAGCGAAUUAAAUGGUUUUCUGUUGUUUCAUUUGUUUGUUUUGUUUUUUUUACUUUUUCUUUGCAGAAGUAAAACUGCAACUGACUAUACACACAUACACAUACAUUAAUAUUAAAAAAAUAAAUGUGAGGGUUUUUUGCUCUUGGGUUUUUUGUUUUUUUUUAAAGAAAAAAAUACAAGAAUUUAAAGAUCCACUAUUAUGGUUAUUUUAUUAUUACUUAAUGUUUGGGAUUUUGUUAUCAGCAUUAAGAUAUUCAUGUGCUUCAAAUGCAUUAUCUUUUCUUUUUUUCAAACUGUAGAUAUUUUUUUACCCCACACCCGCAUGACUAAAAUACCUGAAGCCUGCAACUUCCUCCUUCCUUCCAUGAAGGCCAAUCAAAAAACAUACUCAUAUUGUGUUAUCACUACAGUAUGUGUGUUUUGUGAGGAUGGGUGGGUCACUGAAUUUCAUUGUCUCGUUAAGCGUGUAAAAAAAAAAAAAAUCAAACGCACAAUGAAGUUCCCAGCUCAAGGAAGUGUCAUGCUUUUUUUUUUCCUCAAGAAAUGUGGCUUUGUUGACAUUUGAGACAUUCCAUAUCAAGUAUUGCCAACUUUCUGACCUUUUUCCAGACACAUAAAAAUAGCUUUAUAAAGAUAUCAAGACAGUACAAAAACAUAAUAGUGGACCUUUAAAUAAGAAUUGAAGAGGGUUAAUGUGUAUUUCAGAUUUUUUUAAAGGGUUAUAUUGGCUGUUUUCUUCCUGUCAAAGCAUUUUGUUGUGGAGACAUUUUGUGAAUGGCUGCUCUCGCCUUUCCUUAUGUGCGCUCUUAUCCUUUCCAUAAAGUGUACGUACACCCUAUAUGUACAGUAUAUAAAAUGGGACUGUAUUCUACCUUGGAAGUUGGGAGAUAUUGGCCUUAAUGAACUGAAAGUAUUAAUGUUAAUAAAUGACUAUGAUGGAAAGUGAA